AUGAUCGUUAGAAUUAAGUACGUUACUUUUCAUGAAAAUGAGAAGAUAGAAUCGUUAGUAGUUUGGGCUCUCAGUACUUAUCCAGUAGAGCAAGAAGAUUAUGAUAUCGAAAUGUCUUUGUUCGUGCCCUUAAAAUUGGAUGAAAGGGAUCUGGAGACCCAGGUGGUUUUUGAAAAGGAUAGUUUUUUUGUGUUGGUGGCAAAAUUAUUCCUGGGUUUUAUGGAGAUGAUUGUUUCUUCUUCCACGCAUGUGUCUAUUUUCAAUAAGAUUGUCGAGUUGAAUAAAUGUCCUUUGAAGGUAUCUCUAGUUGGGAUUUCUCAAGAGUUGCCUUGCGAGGUUAAAGAUGAUUAUGUUAUUAAAACUUUAGUGUUUGAUUUUUCGGGUCAGGAGUAUAAUUUUAUAAUGAAAGUUGUUUUUUCUUAUUAUAAUUUGCGUUUAACUCGAGUUAAGGAUACAAUUCGUCCUCAAGAAUUGUUGAUUUUUGUUGUUGGUCAAUUGGAGAUUAUCAAAAAUGAAUUUUACAUAUAUGCUAAAGAUAUUAACUAUGUUGAUACUCGAUUUAGUAGUAAGAAGAAAUUUUUUGAUAGGGACAUAUCUUGUAAUUCUUCAUUAUCUAAAAGUUCGAUUCGUUCUAAGCUUUUGGUUACUCAUAAAAAUAUUGUUGGUGAUUCUGAAGAAAAGUUAGAUGAUGGAAUUCAGGGUGGUUCAAAUAAUUUUGUUGAUAGUUCUGAUUUUAAUUUUGCAGGUUGUUCUAGUUCAGUAAAACGUGCAAGAGUUGAAGAAUAUGAUGAGUCUUCCUAUGAAUAUUUCAUGAAUGUUAAAAAUGAAUCUUGUUUAAACAGUGAUGAUUUUUUUUCUGGUUGCGUUCAAGAAGGUGGUGAAGAAUCUGGUAAAAAUAGUAAGAGUAAGAAAAAUGCUUCUCUUAGUAAAGAUAAAGAGCCUGUAGUAAGGUCUUUGCAUAGUAAUUCGAGUGUACGUUGA